AUCGAGAUAUUGAAAUCACUGUAUGGCGGCUCUGACCACACAUUUCAAGCCCUAUACGUGGCGUACGUCACGGGAAAACCGGUCGCCGAACAGGUAUUACAGAAAUACAAUAAAAUCAGAGAAGAGUUGCGACGAGAGGUCUACGAAAUAUUAGGAGAUGACGGCAUUUUGCUAUUCCCGACACAUCCGGACAGUUGUGUCAAAUUGAAUGCCACACUAUUCAACAGCGGAAACGUUUGCUACACAAUGGCCUUCAACUGCCUUCGAGUGGCCAUAACUCAAGUCCCGUUAGGACUCAACUCCGAUCGACUGCCUCUCGGAGUCCAAGUGAUCGCCAAACCAUUCAACGAUCACUUGACUAUAGCUGUGGCCGAAGAGUUUGAAAGACGGUUCGGCGGUUGGGUUCCGCCCACGCGAGUCAACAUCUAGUGAUUAGUCACUUAUUAGGCCA